UCACACAACCUCUCCGCGUUUCCCGCCAAUUUUAUCAAUACCGGAAUCUUCACUCGCCAUGCCUCCCGUGGAUCCCUACGCGUGGCCGUCGCGCCGCUCGCCCAUACUCGCCACGCGUGGCAUGGUUGCCUCGUCGCAGCCGCUCGCCAGCGAGGCCGGCCUCCGCAUUCUGCGGGCCGGCGGCAACGCGGCGGAUGCGGCGGUGGCCAUGGCGGCGGCCCUUGCGGUGUGCGAGCCGUGCAGCACGGGGCUAGGCGGCGACGCCUUCCUCCUCUUCUACCGCGCCUCAACGCGCGCGGUCCACAGCAUUCAGGGCAACGGCCGCUGCCCCGCCGCGCUCUCCCUCGCGCACCUCGCGUCCCUCGGCUUCUCCCCCUCCCGCCCGCUCCCCCCCUUCGACCCCCUCACUGUCACCGUCCCCGGCGCCGCGGCCUGUUGGGCCGACGCCAUCCAACGGUUUGGAUCGCGCCACGUGUCGCUUAAAGAGGCGCUUGAGCCCGCCAUACAGCUGGCAGAAGGAGGUUGGCCGGUGCCACCAUUGACAGCCGGCCAAUGGGAGAGAGGCGUGGAGCAGCUGAAGCAGGGAGGGCCACAUGGCGGAGAGCUAUUGGUGGAUGGGGAGAGAGCCCCUAGAGCUGGCGAGGUGAUGAGGAACCCGGGCAUGGCCAGCACGCUGAGGUUGCUGGGAGAUCAGGGCAAGCAAGGGUUUUACACGGGCCCAGUGGCCGAAGCCAUAGUGGCAGCAGUGCAGUCCCAAGGCGGCCUGCUCUCUUUGGAAGACCUCGCCUCCCACACCUCCUCCUUCGCCCCCCCCAUCUGCACCACCUUCCGAGGCCUCACCAUCUGGGAAGUGCCCCCCCCCACGCAUGGCGUAGCCGCCCUCAUCGCACUCAACAUCACCGAGGCUUUCUAUGCAGCGAACGGGAUUCCCGGGGCUGCGGACAAGGCUCGGGGAACGGGGUCCGAAGCUGCGGGCGAGGGUCGGGAGGGAGAAUGGGGCACGGCGGACCAGGUGCAUGUGAUGAUUGAGGCCAUGCGGAUGGGGUUUGCCGAUGCGCUGGCAUGUGUCGCCGACCCAGAGCACGUGCAGGUACCCCUGGGGAAGGCAUUAUCCAAGGAGUACGCAAAGAAACGAGCCGGGGAAAUAGAUCUGAAACGGGCUGGGGCUGUGGAACCCGGGAUUGAGCUAGGAUCAGCCGAAGGAGCAGAGAAAGCAGGGGAGAAGAAGGGGGUGGAUCGGUGGGGAGAGGUUGGGACAGAUACAGUGUACUUUUGUGCAGUGGAUGGCGAGGGCAAUGCGUGCAGCAUGAUCAACUCCAACUACAUGGGCUUCGGCACGGGCAUCGUCCCCAAGGGGUGCGGCUUCCCUCUGCAGAACCGCGGGCACAACUUCUCCCUGGACCCCAACCACCCCAACUGCCUGGCGCCAGGCAAGCGCCCCUACCACACCAUCAUCCCCGGCCUUGCCACCUGGGGUGAUACCCCCUCGCCUCCCCCUGCCUCUGCCUCUGCCUCUGCCUCUGCCUCUGCCUCUGCCUCUGCCUCUGCCUCUGCCUCUGCCGCCGCCGAUGCGUCUGCCGCCGCCGAGGCAGGGGCAGAAGCAGAGGCCAGAGGCGAUGCAGGGGUCCCAGCAGGCGAGCUGCACUGCACGUUUGGAGUGAUGGGUGGAUUCAUGCAACCCCAGGGCCACCUGCAGGUCGUCACCAACCUCGCCCUCUUCUCGCUCCACGCCCAGGCCGCCCUCGAUCGCCCCCGCUUCUGCCUCUCCGGCCUCCCUUCCCUAGAACCGCCUGGGCACGGGCCCGGGCCAAUGAGGGAGAGCCACGUGGCGAUAGAGGAGGGGCCGGGGAUGGAGGAGGUGGCAGGAGAGUUGCGGAGGAGGGGGCAUGUGUUGGAGGUGGUGGGGGGGGAGGGGAGAGAGGUGUUUGGAAAGGGGCAGGUGAUCGUGAGGGAGCGAGGGAGUGGGGUGCUGUGGGGGGGGUCGGAGGGACGGGCGGAUGGGUGUGCCAUGGGGUUUUGAAGGUGGUACAGUAGAUUACGAGUUCCGUUUGCUUAAGUACGGAGUGUUGCAAUCAAAUUGUAGCAGCAUUAUCUUCACUUUUAUUCCCAUUGGGUUUGGAAAAGCAGUCAAUGUCAACAUAUAAUUUGUAUAUGUUAUAGGUUAGCUAGGUGCAUGCUCAUAUAGAGUGCAACCCCUUAGGUUAUAUUCCCUUGUACCACCUCAUUCUAG